AUGGCCUCCAGGAGAGCUGUAGAUUGCAGGGGCGCUAUGCCUCUUUCUCUCUCUGGGGAGGACAGUUCUGCUUCGGUCUCGAGACUGUGGCGCCCCCUCCUUUCGGCUCUGCAGGCGCGGCCGCGGCCCGCGGCCCGGCUGUUCACGAGUGCCUGCAGGCGGCCUGAGCGUCUUUCCUCUUCUUCUUCACCUCUGGAGCUCGGCUUGCUAGCCUCGCUAGCCUCGCGCCGCGGUUUUUCGGCGUUUUCGCUCUCUUCUUUGUCGCUGCGCUCCGCGUGCCGCUUGCGCCCUGCGUCCUCGUCGCGGCCUCUCACGGCCUCACGUUCUUCUGCCGCCUCUUCGCUUUGCAGCCCUGCGUCUCCCUUUCCUCCUCGCGGCACUGCUGUGCCACUGUCCUGCUGCGAGCCCUCGUGCAAGAGGCUCUCUUCUCUCUUCCCCGGGUCGUCGUGCGCGUCUGUUGGCUGUCUAUCGGCGCCCUCGGGUUCCCCUGCCGCGCCCUCGUCGUCUGCGCUCUCCGCUUCAUCUUCUGCCGCACCCGCGCGCGCCUUCUCCUCGUGCAGCGCGCUUCUUCGGCCACGGGCGAUUCACCGGCGUCUGCGGGACUCUGCGGUCGGCGCGCUACGCCUCAGCCUCAGCAGGCCCCCGACGCGGUCGUUCGCCUCCGCAGUGAGUAGAGCGCAACGCCAGGCUGAGGACGCGCGAGUCCACGGAAACCUUUUUGCGGAAGACAUCGCGUCCCUCUCCGUUGUGCGCGUCCUCGUGGAGGCGGCGGCCCGCUCGGGGGAGAAAGCGACUCGGCGCGAGCUUCUGGGCGACAUGUCCGGCGCGGACGCGCUGGCGGAGGCAGAAAGGCGCGGCCUGGCGGCUGUCGUCCUCGCGGGCAGCAGCGCGAAGCUCCCAGUCUGUCUUCUCACGCCGAGCCUGCAGGCGUUCCUCGCGCAGCAGCAGCGGCGCCAGGCGCGCGCGCGCGCCUUCCACGUGCCUCCGCCCUUCCGCGAGACUCGUCGCGGCGCGCCCGAGAGCGAGGAGGAGACGCACCCCGAAGGAGCCGAGGGGCGAAGAGACAGCAGCGACGCCUCUGGCGCGACCGCCGAGGGCGGCGCCGGCGGUGACACCGCGAGACGCAGAGAGGCUGAGAGCGCCAGAGCUCGCGAAGAAGACACAGGGACAUUCGCGUUCGACCCUUCCCUUAAAGUAAAAACUGUGCGAAUCAACGGCGUGGCGGAUGAGCGCGAUAUGCUGCGGAGUGCGCAGACUGCGAAGAAGUUCCUGGCUCAGGGGCACCGCGUCGAGCUGCAUGUCGUUGCCCAAAUGCAUCAGAAGAAGACGCGGGCGCGCGCGUGUCACCUCGUUCUCCUCAUCGGCGGGUUCGUGCGGGAGUGCAGAGACGUGGGCAGGCCUGUGCAUCUGCCGCUCAACGCGUCAGUUCUCGCCACGCAGCCGAUCGUGAAAGUCCAAAUCUGGCCCUGCUCUAAAGAACAAGCUGCGGCCUUCCAGAUGCCUCCCAUCAUUCUGGAGAGCCCGAAGAAAGGCAAAGGAGACGACGACGGGCGCGAUGACGGCAAGCGCGGAAAAGGAAAGGGUCACGAGAGGAGAGGCGAUGCGAGGGCGGGUGCCAGGCAGUGUGACGAGGACUAG